AUGACCAAGGAGCAUGACCAAUCUGACAGCUGCUGGGGCCUGUCACGCUACACGGCCAUGGAGAGAAGGGCACUCAUCUCGCAUGAUGAUUGUUAUGGCCUCCUAGUCGUGGCGUAUAUGGAUAUGGUGGGUGGAUUGGACAAUCAUAGCCUCCUAACCAUGCAGUAUAAGAACUCGCAUAGGAGCCGGAUGAACAGAUUUGACAUUUAUAGCCUCCUAUUCAUGGCAUGUCCGAACAUCGCUGACCAUGCCUGGAACAUGAGUCUGGCUACUUCCGUUGAAUCAAUCUGGACCUCGCAUGGGCGGGGGAUUCAUCGGGUUCAAAGUGUGGAGAGUCGCCAAGAAUGCUUGAGAUCAGGUUCUUUGUGGCGCGGGGAUAAGUCGACUGGGAAGGGAGUUUGUGGAGGUAUACGCUAUCCUCAUGUGAAGAACUCGAAAUCUUCGAUAGCAGCUGCUUAG